UGAGCAUGCGCAGAUGGUUCUCGUCAGUCGGCCUCGUCCAGACAGCGCGCGCUGAGAGCUAGUGGAGGCGCUACGAAGAAGAAAAGGACGAAAAAAGAAAACGAAAAAGAAAACCGUGUCGUCUUUGCGAUAACGUGUGUCCGGUGUGUGGCGUUUUGCGGUUGAAUUCAGAACCCGGAAAUCCUCCGCUGUGCCCGGGUUCACGUGCGUGUGUGCUGCGGUGAAGCAGUCGGCGAGGUUUGAUUGAGAAACACCGCGAGAAGGAGAGAAAACUUCCAUCCACUCUUCUCCUCCUUGGACAGGUGAGGCCACGCUGGACAACUUAUCAAACCUCAUACAGAUGAGUGGGCCGGCCGAACGCUGGACCAUGUGAAUGAGGAGAGCGGAGCGAGCGACUUCCUGUCAGAGUGAGAGAGGAGGUGAGAGGAGGAGGAGGUGAGAGAAGGAGGAGGUGAGAGGGAGGAAUGGGCGUGGGGAAGAACUCCAUCUGCAAAUCCAUGGACUCCAACACAGAGCCGAGCAAAUAUGAGGAGGAGAGCAAACACAGCGCCAACUUCUACCCCAUCCCAGUGGUGGUUAAUGGAGUGUCCCCAACUCCUGGAGACCAGGACCGGGAGGACACUGAGCUCAUGGCCAUCUACACUAAAGAGAGACAAGCGACUGAUAAAAGUUCUUUAUCGGGGACAGUGGACAGCGCAGACAGUACGGACGCCAGGAGAAUGGACAUGAUCUACACCAUAGAAGACACCCCGCCCUGGUAUCUGUGCAUCUUCCUAGGUUUACAGCACUACCUAACGUGCUUCAGUGGGACGAUCGCUGUGCCGUUCCUGCUGGCCGAAGCCAUGUGUGUGGGAUUCGACCAGUGGGCUACAAGUCAGCUCAUCGGCACCAUUUUCUUCUGCGUGGGCAUCACCACACUGCUGCAGACCACCAUCGGCUGCCGACUUCCAUUAUUCCAAGCCAGUGCUUUUGCAUUCCUCGCCCCAGCCAGAGCCAUACUUUCUUUAGACAAAUGGAAGUGUAAUGCAACAGAUAUUCCUCUGGUGAACGGCACUGAGCUCAUGCACACGGAGCACAUCUGGUACCCCAGGAUAAGAGAGAUUCAAGGGGCCAUAAUCGUGUCCUCUCUGGUCGAGGUGUGUGUGGGAGCGCUGGGUCUCCCGGGUCUGUUGUUGAAGUACAUCGGGCCCCUCACCAUCACACCCACCGUGGCCCUGAUCGGCCUCUCCGGCUUCCAAGCAGCAGGGGAGCGGGCGGGCAAACACUGGGGCAUCGCUAUGCUGACGAUUUUUCUGGUGCUGCUGUUUUCUCAGUACGCUCGCAACGUGCAGCUGCCACUUCCCAUCUACAAAGCCAAGAAAGGCUGGACCUCCUACCGCCUCCAGCUCUUCAAGAUGUUCCCCAUCAUCAUGGCGAUCCUGGUCUCCUGGUUUCUGUGUUUCAUCUUCACUGUGACGGACGUGUUUCCUCCAGAGAAGGAUCAGUACGGCUACUACGCCCGCACAGACGCCAGGCAGGGCAUCCUGGCAGCCGCGCCCUGGUUUAAAGUUCCCUACCCCUUUCAGUGGGGGUUGCCGACGGUAACCGCAGCCGGGGUGAUCGGGAUGAUGAGUGCCGUGGUGGCCAGCAUCAUCGAGUCUAUCGGAGAUUAUUACGCCUGUGCACGGCUGUCCUGUGCCCCGCCUCCUCCUGUACACGCUAUAAACAGGGGGAUUUUUGUCGAAGGCCUGUCCUGUGUGCUGGACGGUUUGUUCGGGACAGGAAACGGUUCCACGUCUUCCAGUCCAAACAUCGGUGUUCUGGGGAUCACGAAGGUGGGCAGUAGGCGGGUGAUACAGUACGGAGCGUUGCUGAUGCUGAUGCUCGGCACCGUCGGGAAGUUCAGCGCUCUCUUCGCGUCUCUCCCGGACCCCGUGCUCGGCGCGCUCUUCUGCACGCUCUUCGGGAUGAUCACGGCCGUGGGUUUGUCCAACCUGCAGUUCGUCGACCUCAACUCCUCACGCAACCUCUUCGUCCUCGGCUUCUCCAUCUUCUUCGGGCUGGUCCUCCCCAACUACCUCAGGGGAAACCCUCUCGUCACUGGUAUCGUGGAGAUCGAUCAGGUGCUGAACGUUCUGCUGACCACGGCCAUGUUCGUCGGCGGUUCCGUAGCCUUCGUUCUGGACAACACUAUUCCCGGCACCCCGGAGGAGCGAGGGAUCCGUAAGCUGAAGCGCGGCUCCGGUUCCGGCACGUCCGAGCUGAAAGGGAUGCGAUCCUACGAUCUGCCGUUUGGCAUGGACUUCCUGAGGCGCCACCGCAUCUUCCAGUACCUGCCCAUCAGCCCUACGUUCAGCGGUUACCAGUGUAACAGACUGGGCGGAGCCUGUCGGGGCCGGGGCAGCAUACGAGGAGAGGAGGGCGUGGCUGUGAGGACGGAGGCGGGAGAAAGCAGAGUGUAGUGUAGAGAGCGUGUUUUCCCUGCACUUACCAUCGCGCUGUUAUUAAAGCUCUCGACGAGCUCGUGUGUGUGUGUGUGUAGGUUAGAGCUCGUGCUAGUCUAUUUUUCUCACCUGUGAACUCUCUCUCACACACACACACACACACACACACACACACACACACUUUUAAUCUGCAGUAUAAAAACCUUUUCAUAUUAUGUGAUGGGACACUAUUGUUUCAAGACGUGGAAGUCGUGGAAACCUUCCACCAGGGGGCGACCAUCUUAGGACGUCUUCAAGACCGAGAGAUGGAAAUUGACUAGUCAGGAAGCAAAACAAAAAAAAAAUACCCACACAGCAUGAUUUUCUUUUUCCUUAGCAAACCUGCUGAGAAAUGUCGUUUUGUGCGUUUUAGAUUUAGACUUGACGCAAUACACGUUACAUUUCUACGAAUACACGACGUGUCCUCAAAACGUUGCCGUUCGUCCAGGGUGUUUUUUGUUGGUUUUUUUUUCUUCUUUUUUUUCAUUUUAAGCGUAACACGGAAGCUACAAGACUAAAAAAAAAAAAAAAAAAGUAGUUUUCCGUUCGGCUAGGUUUGAGCUACGUGAGCUGUCGCUUGCUAAACGCAAAACAGUUGUGAUUUAUGCGAGAGUUUGCGAGAAACGCGCGCGCACACGCACACUUUUUAAACCAAUUCCUCAGUCUUCAGUCUUGUAACCUGAUAUUCACCUGGGCUGAGCCUUUAGCAUUUCCACUGACCUAAAACCCUCUCUGCUGUCUGUGUGUCUGGUUUCGCCGAGGUUCCAUUUCCGGCGCGAAGUCUUGCCAACUUUGAAUUGUUCUACAAAAUAUUAGCGCAGGUUUAAGUUUACUCGGUUAUUUUUCUGUGCUUGUUAGACAGGACAUGUGCAGUGCCAGUAAUGUUUUGGAGCAUGUUGAUAAUGCAUGGGUGGGGGAGAGGGGGCAAUGAUUCACUUACCCCAAAUGUAGUCGAGUAGCUAAGGCAUGUUUUAGUAUCUGAUGUUUAUUUCUUUACUAUUGCAUGGGAGCAAUGAGAAGUUAAUAGGUUUUAUUUUUUUUUAUUCUUUUCCUUUUUUUUUUUUUUUUUUUUUUAAUUGGCUUGUUGAUUGUUCAUUCCUGCUGAACGUGAUGUCUAACCUCGUUAAUCUUCAAGCUUUUCAGAAUCGCUGCUAAAUCACGAGAGAAUAUUUCGAAUUAAAAAUACAGUAUUCUCACCCCACCGCAAGCCCUAUAUUCCAUUCUAUUCUAUUCUAUUCUAUUCUAUUCUAUUCUAGACAGACUGAAAUCUUCUCCAUAGGCAGAGCGAAGUUCUUCGUGGUCAUCCAGUGAAGCUUUGUUCAUGUUUAUAGAUAACAGGAAGUCCCGCUGUGUCCUGAAGCGUGUCUGUAAAGAACGGGACGUGAUUUGAGAACAGAUUUUUCUGUGAGAUAGACGUCCGUCAGCAUUAGUAGCUCUAGUUUCGGGGGCGGGGAGAACUAAAAAAAGCAAACAUCAGACACCAAACAUGUCUUGGUUGAUUGACUGCAUCGGGGCGAUUAUUAUUAUUAUUAUUAUUAUUAUUAUUAUUAUUAUAUUUUUUUCCUGAAUUGUUCCUUCAAAACAAAGCAAAAGCACUUAAGUCCUGAUCUGUCUGAUGUUGUUCUGUUGAAAGAUGCCAGUUUUAUCUACACUAUUAGGAGCUUUGACACUCGCAGUACAAUGUGUUUUUUCUUGCCUGAUUGGUUUUCACACUAUAGACGUUGUUCAUAUUAUUAUUAUUAUUAUUAUUAUUAUUUUCCUCGUUGUGUUUCUUUACACAAAGGUCGUCACGUUCAAACAAGCGGCGAUUUUAAAAUCUGAACGGUCAGCUCGGCCGCCGCGACGCGGUAUCGGACUAACGGCGUCGUGAAAGCAGCUUAACGGGUACGGGGGUCCGCGUCAUCGAAGCACGAGGAACCGAACCGCUCGAACGUUUCCUCGUUAAUUUCACCAAAAGAUUCAAAUCCAAAAACGCGACUAGAGACGGCCACGUAGACCGGAGCGUACACGUUUUGCGCCUUUAUUUAUUUAUUUAUGGUAGUCAGGGCUUUGGCUGGAAAACGCCCACGCAAACAGAAGGGGGGGGGGGGGGGGGGACCAAGAAAACGCUCUGGGUGGAAAUUUACGCGCGAGAGGUGACGUACUGGAACGUUUGCGACUUUACACUUUUACAGCUGAACUGGUGCUUGAUGUAAAAGGUCAUUCCACGUGUCGUGAUGAUUCAGCUGUUACUCUCUCUGUUUAUUUACCUUUUGUUUUACCAGGCUCUCUCGCCACUGGAUAAACUUGCCAUUCAAUUCGUAUCGUUUGGUUUCGUUUGUGUUUUUGUUUUAAAUCUCGUGUUUUCAUUGGAUGCACUCGUCUUACUUUCGGUUCACCGAGCAAUUUUUAUCCCAAAUUUCUGGAGCUGCACCACCAAGGAUUAAACGAACCAGAGUCUGAAGCUAAUCGCGGAUUUGUUCAUCCGAGCUUGGCUUUAACUCGGGUUGCGAACUCGAUUUCGUAAACGGGAAGUGAACUCUUUCGCCUUAACUUUGAAGAAAUCCUCAAACCGGCCAAUCAGAAUCCAUUCUUUUGAGGAACGUGUGCGCUUUAUGCAGUCGGUCCGAUAAAUACGGAGAAUUUAAACCUCAUCAGCUGCUAAAACGAAUCCUUAACCGAACCCGUACGUUUUAUCCUUGAAGCAGUAGACGCACAGGAUUAAACACGGUCGAAAGUCCGAUGCGACUUGAUUAUCCGAUCUCGAUCUUGCGUCGGUGCAGCCCGGAGACUGUUUUUACAUUUCCUCAGCCGGUCUUCGUGCCAGUAUUAGGGACGUUAACGGAUUCUGUGCAGGAGACGGAGCGAAGUUCGAACCUAAUGUUUACUACAAGUAUGGCAAAGUGAACUACAGCACUAUAAAUAUCACUGCAAUAAAAAAAAAAGAAAGAAAAGGCCUGAGAAAGGGGCAAUGUCUUGAAACUUGUGUAGAGUUAUUUGGAUGUUUUUAGUUCUAUAGUGAACCCGUUAUAAAACUAGAGUCGGGGCGACUCUAUGGAUGGGACGUCUGACAGGACAAAAACAGCAGUGUUGUAUUUUUACUCGUAAGCAAUUUAUCACACGCAGGUGGAAGGUACUUAAGAAGCUGUCUUUUUUUCCCCCUCCUUUUUGGGGGUGGGGGCUACAAUUGAGUUAUAAGAUUUAUACUUGACCCGAGUAUAAUUAACAACUAAUCACAUUUCUGUGGGAAAUCCCAAACUGUUUUACUCCUCCUACGUUAUGAAUCUCAAAAGAUUAUGAUUCCCACCCCCCACUUUUGCUGGAAUGUUUGUCCAAUCGCGCUUCAGUCAUAUUUUAACUCUAAAUUUUAUUCAUCAAAUCCCAAAUCCACACCAGUUUAUAAAUACAGAAAUUAGUUUUCAUAAGAAAUGAAGACGUUAAACGAGAUUCCGUAGCUAUAUAACGUUUGUAGCUUUUCAAUACAGAUCACAUUAAGUUUUUUAUUUAAAAAAAAAAUAUCGUAAAUGUGACGCCAAAAACAAGAAGUUGUCAUUUUGUCUUGGUGAGAUUUCCACCGUAAGAUUUUGAUCCGAGUUCUACUUAUUAUUCCAGUCGUUGUAAUCCGAUCGUCUCAGUGUACUUCCACAUCAUUUCUGAUUUCCUUAAAGCGUUUAUUUCUUAAAAAUUGUUCUGCUUGCUGUAAUUUCAGUUGGAUAAUUACUUAAAGUUAGUGGCUGUCUGUGGGGGGGUUAAAUGUUAAAACAUCUUAAAUGUUCUGUACAGAAAUAUCAGAUGUCUUGCUACAUAUUUUUCAAGAUGUUUCCACUUUGCGAAGGAAAUUCUGGUCGCUUUCUUCCUUUUUUUUUUUUUUUUUUUUUUUGCGCACAGUGAACACGUGAUUUUUUGUGGGCGGAGUUAAACAUAACACUAUAACGCUUCUGGCCCUGUUUAUAACGUGAAACCGUUUCUCGUGUGAAGUAUAGCUGUGAAACACCAACGUUUUGUGUCAGCCUGAGCACCACAUGUUCACCGUGUCCUCUCUUUCAUUCUUCAAACGUCUUGAGUUUUUAAAAAAAAAACGUUUGUAAACCGCUCUCGGAUGCCGAAUACGACUCGAACGGGCCUUCUUGCUAAGACCUCUCGCUUCCUCCCGAUCCAGAUCCCGAUGUUUGCUGUGGUACGGUAACGCUGGCUCCGGUUGACGCCCGUGCGGAUUUUUAAAUUGGCAGAUCGCGAAAAUAAAUUUUCAGCGUUAAUAUAACGCGUAAAACGGAAGCCUCAGAUUUGACCUCGAUGUCAAAGGUGAAAGGUCGUGAGGGGUCUUCGUAAGACGAUCACUGAGAGUAUGAUUUCAAAGAUAAAAUCCCUUCAGUUAUUUUGAAGGAGAAUCUAUCUGAAGAAUAUACUAUUGUCUAUCUGAAGUGUUUGAUAUCUUUCUUUCUUUCAGUUUUUUUGUUUGUUGGUUUGUGUUUUUUUUUGUUUUUUUUUUUGUUUUUUUUACACAUGAUUUUUUUGUUUUUAAAUGUUUUUACAGAUAAAGACGUGUUUGUAGAGAUCACGUGUAUAAACGUAAAUAUUAUAAUACCAUGCUGCGAAGCGCACCAUUUUUGUUACACUUUUAUUUAAGUGGAAUGAAAAAAAAAAAAGUUUUGUUUUCUUUUCUAUUUUAUUCUUUGCCUCUUUUUUUGAAAGUUUUUAGAAUAGCUACUUUUGUUAGCUAGAACAUUUCUUCACAAUGUAUUUUUCUAACAUUGCUUCCAGUUUGAUGUCGAGUCAAUCGCAGAAUAAAACUAAGAGCGUCUUAGUGAGAUACUCUAUGAUAAAUAUAUGGAUAUACUGAUUAUAUUGAGUAGAGUACGGCGUGUGCUUUACUCCUGGACCAGGCUUUGUGAAUACUAAUUGUAGCGACUGAUUUAUUCCUUGCUCCUAAAAUGAUUUAAAAAGAUGUUACACAAUGAA